AUGUCGGGCCGAAAAGGCAACCUAGCCUCCCGCUCGCUAGAAUACCAAGCACCCGAAACACCAAACUUCCUCAAAGCUCUCAAAGCCCAAGUCGCAUCUAGCGAUCGCUACUCCACCAGCACCAAACAACGACCUUCUGACCAACUAGAUUCUUUCGUGAUCUCCACUUCUUCAGCCGCUGUCAAACGAAAAGCACGGGAGGAAGAGGAAGACGAAGGAUUGGACAGCGAAGAUGAGAUGCGUGGAGCUCAAGUUGUUGUCUUGAAGGAUGGGAAACAUUUGUCCCAUGAUGAGGCGCUUCAGCUCAAGACAGCGAGUAAGGGCCAGCCGGAGGAACAGAAAGAGGGAGCGAAGGGGAAGGACCAAAAUAUUGCUUCAACGGCAAGUGCCCUGGGCGCGAGGAAGAGAAGAGGUCCAAUCGGAGAAGCUGCAGAUGAAUCCAAGGGCUUAGGGGAGGACGUAUCAAUAUCAGACAUCGUCAACACUGCAGAAUUAAUUGAGAAGCCAAGUCGAGAGAAGGGAAAAGGCAACGGUACCAGCAAAGGCGGCUUAAAAGAUGUCAAAGACCUCAUCCGCAAGGAAAGAGACGCAAGAGCACCAACAAAGACCGACAAAGAGCAACACAAAGACGACAAGAGCAAAGAGAAGAUCGCAGCAGCCAAAAAGCUCAAGGCCAAAUCAGGCAAAGGUCUCAGCUUCAACUUUGACGACGAGUAG